AUGAGCUCAACCCCCAUGGAGGAUGCCAUCCGUGCAAAGGUGACUGCGGCGUUCAAUCCUCAGACUCUUGAAAUCUACAACGACUCCCAUCUCCAUUCUCACCACAAGGCCAUGCAGGGCAGUACUUCCAAGGAGACUCACUUUAGGCUGGUCAUCACAUCCGAUGCCUUCAAGUCCAAGAUGCAGCCAGCCCGUCACAGAAUGGUCUAUGCUCUUCUCCAGGACGAAAUGGCCCAGGAAGGUGGAAUACAUGCUCUUCAGCUCAGAACACUAACCCCCGAGGAAGAAGAGCGCCAAAACAAGAAGAAAGCAACAGCAACUCAAGCCAAGGCUGAUGCUGCAGAAACGACGUAA